AUGACGGAGACUGAAACAAUCGCCGCCGCGAUUAACCAAAUCGACGAGAAGAAACAAACCCUAAAGAAAGCCUUCGAAGAUCUUCAAUCACACCGCUCUCUCCUCUCACCUUCCUUCUCCCUCUCCUGGUCUGACAUCGACUCCCACUUCUCCUCUCUCCAAUCCUCCCUCUCUAACCGUCUCCGCCUCCUCCAAUCCCAACCUCCUUUAGCUAAAACCGAAACAGAUAACGCAGAGCCACCGGUUACUAUUCGCCCGGAAUUAAAAGCCUUAUGCGAGAACAUGGACUCGAUCGGUCUAACCAAGUUUCUUACUACUCAUUGGGACGACGACGCGAUGCCUAAUUUAGAACUCUCCGCAGCGUUUCGUUACUCUCCAGACCCGGCUACGAUGGUGCUUAACGCAAUCGAAGGAUCAAGCAACAAGGGGAAAGCUGUUGAUGUGAGGAGAGUUUUCGUUUUGUUAAUGGAAGCUUUGAUUGAGAUAAACGAUGUGAGUAUCGGAGUCGAUACGAAAGAGAAGGCUAAGAAGGUAGCUAAGGAGUGGAAGAUUAAGAUAGGUAACAAACCUUUCGAGGCGUUACUGUUUCUUCACUUAGUAGCAGCGUUUGGAUUAGGAUCUGAGUUUAACUCAGAGGAGCUUUCACGUUAUGUUUUAAUGAUCGCUAAGUACAAGCAAGCGACUUUGGUGUGUAACAAGAUUGGAUUAGGUAAGGAGAGAGUUGGAGAGGUGAUUAAGAAGCUUUUGAGUGGUGGGAAACCGAUUUUGGCGGUUAGGUUUAUGUAUGAAUGUGGGAGGACAGAUGGGUUUGAGCCGGUUUCUGUGUUGAAAGGUUAUGUUAAGGAGGUGAGAGAAGUUGCGGAGAGAGUUUGUAAGGAGGAUAAGUAUUCUCUCAAGUCGCAGAACGAAGCUACUGAUAAAGAAGUUAGUGCGUUGAAGGCGGUGAUCAAGAUUGUUAAAGAUCAGGGGCUUGAAGGUGAGUUUUUAGAGGAGAGGGUUGAGGAGAGAGUGGAGGAGUUGGAGAAACAGAAGGCGUUGAGGAAACGUAAUGUGGAGACACCACAGGCGAAGGGGAGAAAGCGGCCUCGUUAUCGCAGUGGUGCACACGUUCCUAAACAAGAAGCUAGUGGUGUUAUGAUUAUGACUGAACCUAGUCUUCAUCAUGGCUUACACUUGAACUCUUUUGGUGUUGUGAACCCAGCACGUAGUGGUAUUCUUGGCCCUUACGUGAACCCAGUAACUGCUGGGCUCUAUGGUUUAGCUGCAACUCCUCAACCUGUUUACUAUGAUCAGCAAGCUGGAUUCGUAAUGCCGCCGUUUCACCCCGCUUAUUAUCCUUAGUAGCAGAGCUUUGCAAUGAAACAUCAUCGUAGUGAUGUCUGAGGAAAGAACUGGCGGUCUUGACUCUCCAUUUCUCUUUUUAUGUAAAUGAAAAGUAAGUAGCUUUAUCAUGGAGAUGAGCUUUAUCUAAAUGUCUUGAAGAGUUUAGUUCUUGAAAAUGAUAAUAUUGUUUUGGCUGUAAUUGCCACUUCAACGAAUAGUUAAAAAUACAGUUUACACAAUACAAACAAAACAUGAGUAAAAU